AUGGGAACGGGCUGGGAACUCACGAAAGCGCUACGUGAUAAAAUAUACAAGUAUGCUUUGUACCCACAAACAUCAAUUUCGUUGAGACAAAUGGUUCAGUUUGGACCAAAUCCAAGUCCAGGCUCAAUUUUUUUAGCUUCUCAGUUUAUUGUAGAAGAAUUACCAAUAAGACUAGCACUUAAAGUAAAAGACUUGGAUAAUGCGCCUUUGGGAUUGAGCAAAAUGCCUUCCACAAUUAAGGUCAAAAAUUGGUAUGCCCAAUCUUUCCAGGAAUUAACUGAACUUCCGAAACCUGAAGUUUCUCCAAAAUUAAAAGAAUUAUUGGCAUCAGGAAAUGAUGCAUCGAAAACAAAUAAAGGAGAAGAGAGUGGCAAUAGAUAUUCCGAAGAAGUAGACGAUACCCAAAAUGUUGCUAAUGAAGAAGUCUCUAAUCCUGCUGUAAACAAUUUGUUUAGUGAUGAUGGAAUAGUGUUACGACAGUCUCAUCAUCUGAACUCACGAACUUCGAAGUCUGAGUCACCAACUUAUGGCAAAACAUACUAUACUCCAUGUCCUACGAAUAUUGUUUGGCCCAAAGAAGUAUAUGACUAUAAUAAGCUAGUCUGCGAUACACUCACGAAAAUUAAGAAACGACAUGAUGCGACGGUUGCGACCAUGGCUCAAGGAGUACAAGAAUGGAAAUCUGAAAAUCUGAGCAUCUUUGUCAAUUCGGCUGUUCAAAACUUUUUGGAUAGAUUUUACAUGUCAAGAAUUGGCAUAAGGAUGUUGAUUGGUCAACAUAUUGCUCUUAAUAUGGCUCAGACCUCUCCUACAAAACAAAGAAUUUCAUCCUUUUUCAAUGGCUCAGGUAAAUCUAGUCCUAAAAAAACAAGCUAUGUUGGAGUCAUUUGUACCGAUUGUAAUGUAAGGGAGAUUGCUGAAGAUGCUAUUGAGACAGCUAAGUAUGUUUGCGAAGAAUUUUACGGGUUGCUUGAUGGGCCAGAAGUUCAAUUAAUUGCUCCCGAAGAUAAUGUGAGUUUUAUGUAUGUUCCUGGUCAUUUGAUUCAUAUGUUAUUCGAAACUUUGAAAAAUUCAUUACGUGCAACUAUUGAAUUCCAUACUCCACUUUUAAAAGCUAAAAUGAUGGAAGAGAAUCCCAAUUUGAAGGCAGAUCAAAUUGAUUUAAACGAUUUAGACUUCCCACCUAUAAAAGUCAUAAUAUCCGAGGGUCAUGAAGAUAUUGCCAUCAAGAUAAGCGAUGAAGGUGGAGGAAUUCCUAGAAGUGAAAUUCCGUUAAUAUGGACAUAUUUGUACACUACAGUUAGUAAAACUCCAAUAAUAGAUUCUGAUCAGAAUUCUUUCAAGGCACCUAUGGCUGGGUUUGGGUAUGGCUUACCAAUCUCAAGAUUGUAUGCGCAAUAUUUUGGAGGUGAUUUGAAGCUCAUUUCGAUGGAAGGUUAUGGCACUGAUGUUUACUUGCAUUUAAAUCGUUUAAGUAGUUCAUCAGAGCCACUACCUUAG